UUCACAGAUCCGAGUCUGAUGAGCCGUCAGUACUGCUUGCAGUGCUGCUCCACGCCUGUGCCUCUUACUGGGGCCGACGAGACGUGGAAUUUGUCGUGUCCGCUGAACGAUCUGCAACGACUGAGUGUGAGCAAAGGUCGACGGACGUAUCGGUUUGCCCGGCGCAAUACUCUCGACGACGACACAAUCAUCGAGUGCCCCAUGCCGACACGAAACCUGUCAACGUAUUUGAGUGGGUACACCCUGGACCUCACUGUGAUCGAGCGUUCUUCAAAUUUCGGAGUGGAGUAUUGGCGGAGCGUUGUGGACUGCUCGGUGACCAUAACGGAGAGUGAGGACCCUCCCGACACGUUCAGUGAGGUGCUGCAUCUUCGGUCGACACCCACUCCCCAAGAUCGGCCUACCGCGUGGAUUGUACCUACCGUACUUGCAUGCCUCGCGAUGGCAGGAGUCAUGGUUGUGCCGUUGUACAAAGGCAAGUUUCGUGGACAACGG